UAUCACUCCACUGCUGGGUUCAUUGUUCGCAUUUUUGAAGCAACGUGAUUACCCACGAGAUUCUUCGCUUCAGGUUCUAUCACCUAAGACUGGGCGAGGCAGUCGUGUUUCUAGGUUGCCGGUGGUGGCGGCAGUUUCAGGUUCAGCGAAGCUUCAUGCAACAAAUGUACGCCAGAUAUAUCCGCCGCCAUCACACUGGGGGAGACGCCAACAAGAUCAGCAAAAAUCCAAGGAUAUUGCGGUUGCUGAUUUUGCUCCAACUCACCCCAUAAGGUUGGGUCUGGCACUCAACUUCUCGAUUUUCUACUAUGAGAUUCUAAAUGCAUCAGAGAAAGCUUGUAGCAUGGCUAAACAAGUUUGUUCCAUUCCUUUCACAGGGAAAGCUCAAGCCACUGGGGACAUAGCAUGUGAUGGUUACCACAAAUACAAGGAAGAUGUCCAACGCAUGGUGGAAACAGGCUUGGAGGCUUAUAGGUUCUCCAUAUCUUGGUCAAGACUUAUCCCUAAUGGAAGAGGACCUGUUAACCCAAAGGGUUUAGAAUACUACAACAACCUCAUCAAUGAACUUGUCAAACACGGUUACUCACAACAUGCUACAAUGCACAUUGACGUACCUCAAGUUCUUGAAGAUGAAUAUGGAGGAUGGCUUAGUCGGAAAAUGGUGGGAGACUUCACAGCAUAUGCUGAGGUUUGCUUUAGGGAAUUUGGAGAUAGGGUUUUGCAUUGGACAACCGUGAAUGAGGGCAAUGUAUUUGUAAUUGGUGGUUAUGAUAUAAGAGGAAUACCCCCUCAGCGCUGCUCUGCUCCAUUUGGAAUAAACUGUUCUAAGGGUAACUCCUCAACUGAGCCAUACAUUGCUGCUCAUCAUAUCUUGCUGGCACACUCAUCAGCUGCAAGAUUGUACAAGCAAAUGUACCAGCCAAAGCAACAAGGAUUCAUAGGGAUGAAUGUCUAUGUUUAUUGGCCUCUCCCUUGCACAAAUGCAACAGAAGAUGUGAUUACAACCCAAAGAACGAAGGAUUUUUUAAUUGGUUGGUGAGUCACAAUUCACAAACCUAAAUACAUAAACUGAUGUUUAUUGGUCUAUGUUUAUUUAUAUGAGUGAGUUGCUGAUGCCAGGGUAACAAAUGAUUUGUUAGCAAUUUCAUACAAAUGAUUUGUCAACAAUUUGUGUUUAGAUCAUAAACAACUGUUUGGUAGCAUUUCAGUAGCAUCCAUUCUAAAUGUUCAAUUUCUUCUUUCACAUUAAGCUUCCACUUUGGAACCUCGUUCUAUUUUGGUGGUUUAUGAGACAUUUUUUUUUAAGAGAUGUGGACAUGUAAACAUUGAUUCUUGUAAAUGAAUACUUCGGUAUCCUUUCGGGAAAGCCUAAUCAUGUUGU